AGCUAUCACGUGAACAAAAUAUGGCGAAUGUCGAAAAAGAUUACUUUUGAGUUUGUAAGAUUUGAAAAUUAUUAGAAUACUGCAACUGCAAGUUCAAAAUAGUUGAUAAUAAAGAGGCAGUGAAGAUCAUUCCUUGUUCAACAUGUCAUCUGAGUUCUGGAUAAUCUCUGCCCCUGGUGAUAAAACGGGUCAGCAAACAUUUGAGAAAUUAAAUAGUGUUACCCAGGGCCCUGAGAAAUUAUCAACUAACAGCAAGUUUCAAAUUCCUGAUUUGAAGGUGGGAACAUUAGAUGUGUUAGUUGGUUUAUCUGAUGAAUUAGGUAAAUUAGAUGUAUAUUGUGAAAGUGUAACAAGAAAGAUAGCUCAGUAUAUUGGAGAAGUUUUAGAAGAUACCAGAGAUAAACUUCAGGCUAAUUUAAAAGUUAAUGAAGUGCCACCUGCUAAUUAUCUACAAAGGUUCCAAUGGGACUUGGCUAAAUAUCCUAUUAAACAAUCAUUGAAGAGUAUUUCAGAAAUCAUUGCCAAGCAAGUUAACCAAAUUGAAUCUGAUCUUAAAUCAAAAGCUACAGCUUAUAAUAAUUUAAAGGGUAAUUUGCAGAGUUUGGAAAGAAAAGCAACAGGAAGUUUGUUGACACGUAACCUAGGUGAUAUGGUAAAGAGAGAAGAUUUUGUCUUAGAUUCUGAAUAUCUAACAACUUUAGUUGUUGUUGUUCCCAAGAAUAUUUAUAAUGACUGGAAUUUAAAGUAUGAGAAACUGACUGAUAUGGUAGUCCCAAGAUCAUCAAAGAAGAUAUUUGAUGAUAAUGAAAAUGUUUUAGUAACUGUAACAUUAUUUAAGAGAGUAGUUGAUGAAUUUAAACAUCAUUGUCGAGAAAACAAAUUUAGUGUACGUGAUUUUACCUAUAGUGAAGAGGAAAUCCAGUCUGGUAAAACAGAGCUAACCAAACUAGAAGCUGAUAAAAAGAAACAAUUUGGACCAUUAGUAAAAUGGUUGAAAGUAAAUUUUGGUGAAUGUUUUGCUGCAUGGUUACAUGUUAAAGCAUUAAGAGUGUUUGUAGAGUCAGUAUUAAGAUAUGGACUACCAGUCAAUUUUCAAGCUAUGGUUGUACAACCUAGUAAAAGAUCUACCAAACGUUUACGUGAUGUUUUAAAACAGUUAUAUAGUCAUUUAGAUAAUUCAGCUUUACAACAGGGAACAGAUGAAGUGGAUAUACCUGGAAUAGGUCUAGGUGGAAGUGAAUACUAUCCCUACGUAUCAUAUAAAAUGACAUUAGAUUUAGUUGAACAACGUUAAACCUGCUCCUGAUGAUAUUAUAUAUAGUAUAAGGACAAAUCAAAUAUAAAUACCUGUAUCAACCCUUAUUAUUACAAUAUUUAUUAUUUCAUAUAUACCAGGGACCAUACUGUCAACAUAAAUUAUAUUGAAUCUUUUUGACAGAUGUCAAUCUUUUACUGGUUUGAUUUC